GGGGGGGGGUUUUUUUUUCCCUUUUUUUUUUUCUUUCCUUUUUCUUCAGGGAUAAAUGAACCAUGUUCCUCGUAGUUGGACGAACCCCUCCCCUCCCUUCCCUGCGCCCAUCUGAUGUCGUCGUCGUCGCCGCGUCCAGGAGGGUUGCCGACUAGCCCGGCGGCAGAAUUCCAGCCAGCUCCAAGAGCCUAAAGCUGUAGGGCUACCGCGACGGCUGACUCGACGACACGAGGAAGGAAGCAGGGACGGAAUCGACAAUCGAUCGCUGGUGUAUAAGCCGCGUCAUCCCGUGAGGGGUUGACGGCGUUGUUGAGCUCGGGCUCCGAAGGCGAUGCUACCGCGACCCCCGGCCCGCCGCUGCGGUCACCGAUUGCGGAACGAAGGGAAUGCCUGCUGUCCGGUCACCCUCUCCAAAAGCUUCAGCAUCUCCUCUCCUGGCUCCCGUCUUUUUGCUGUUUCGAGUCACGCUUGGCAGAGGCGGGGGAGGGGUUGCUCGCAAGUGCGGACGGAUCGGAUGCGAGUACCGAAGUCGCCCUUUUUCUCUUUUUGUUUUUUUCUUUUUUUCCUGCUUGCUGUCGCUUAUGCCAUCGAUGAGAAGAAGCUCUAGCCGAGGAGCGGGAUGCGACACAGGGUCUGGGGAGGGUGAUCUGCAAGCCUUGGUGGAGAUGUUCCGUUUUCUGCUUAUAAGUUAUAACCGAUCCCUCACCCCCCCCUGCCUCUUAGCUGACCGUCGCUAAGAGCGAUCAUAUCUUGUCCGGCCCACUGCCAUCGCUACACACAUAUCACUCCGGACGACGCCGAACGAUGGAUGGGACUCGCGGGCGUCGUUCGAUUUGGUAAAGGCUAAAGGGAGUAGGUUGCGCAUGAUGCGAUGGUGGAACGAAAGGGACGUCGGCGUUUGGGUUUCCCGAUGGGACCAGGAACGGGUUGACGGACCGGUCAAGAACAACCAAGGAUUCGGACGAGAUGGCGAACUUUGUCGGGACGUUCGACAUCGCACUCUCCGCCCAAGCGAACGUUACUCGCAUCGCCGGCCUGCUCAGGGACGAUCUCGACUUUUGCGUUUCACGUCAAAACAUAAU